UUCCUCCGCCAUGUAUCCACUGUCGGCAUAACACAACAGCGGGACCCUGAGCUUUCCACAUUCUCCGUGCCCUUCUCUGUCCGCCGCGUCACCAGCGAGUUGCUCUCCCCUGCCAUGCUCCGGGUCACCUCGCUGCUGCCCGCCCUGCUGUUCGUUCUCCUGCCGGGCCCGAGCCGGGGGUAUUUCCCCGAGGAGCGCUGGAGCCCCGAGUCUCCGCUCCUCGCUCCCCGGGUCGUCAUCGCGCUGGUCUGCCGCAACUCGGCGCACUCUCUGCCGCUGUUCCUCGGAACCAUCGAGAGGCUCGACUAUCCGAAGGACCGCAUUGCGCUGUGGGUGGCGACAGAUCACAACGUAGAUAACACUACAGCCAUCUUGAGAGAGUGGCUCAUCAAGGUGCAGAAUUACUAUCACUAUGUGGAGUGGAGACCUGAUGAUGAACCCAGUGCCUUUGAAGACGAGGGGGGGCCUAAGCACUGGAAUAAUCUCCGUUAUGAACAUGUAAUGAAGCUCCGCCAGGCAGCGCUGGAGACUGCCCGUGAGAUCUGGGCCGACUACCUCCUGGUGGCUGACUGUGACAACCUGCUCACCAAUCCCGAUGUGUUGUGGAAGCUGAUGAGCGAGAACAAAACUAUUGUAGCACCCAUGCUGGAGUCCAGAGCUGCGUACUCUAACUUCUGGUGCGGCAUGACUUCACAGGGAUACUACAAGCGUACACCAGCCUACAUGCCUAUCCGUAAGCAGGAGCGUCGCGGCUGCUUCGCUGUACCGAUGGUCCACUCUACCUACCUAGUAGACCUACAAAAAGAGGCCUCCCGUCAGCUGGCUUUUUAUCCACCACACCCGGAGUACAGCUGGGCCCUAGAUGAUGUCAUCGUCUUUGCCUACUCUGCUCGCAUUGCAGAUGUGCAGAUGUAUGUGUGCAACAAAGAAACCUACGGAUAUUUCCCAGUUCCAAUGCGUUCCCAUGCUACAUUGCAGGAUGAGGUGGAGAGCUUCUUGCAUACUCAGCUUGAGGUCAUGGUGAAAAAUCCUCCAUUGGAGCCCUCCAGCUUCCUGUCUCUUCCUCCCAAGCAGCCUAACAAGAUGGGCUUUGAUGAGGUGUUCAUGAUCAAUCUGGUGCGGAGAUCUGACCGUCGUGAGCGAAUGCUAAGAACUCUGUACGAGCAGGAGCUCAGUUGUAAGGUUGUUGCUGCUGUGGAUGGCAAAGCUCUGAACAAGACUGAUAUAGAGUCUAUGGGGAUUAAGAUGCUGCCAGGAUACAAAGACCCUUAUCACGGUCGACCUCUCACCAAGGGGGAACUGGGUUGUUUCCUCUCUCAUUACAACAUCUGGAAGGAGAUCGUAGAUCGGGGUUUGCAGACCUCCCUGGUCAUCGAGGACGACCUCCGCUUCGAAGUGUUCUUCAAACGACGUCUCCAGGCGCUGCUGCAGGAAGUGACAACGCACAAGCUGGACUGGGAUCUCAUUUACAUCGGGCGGAAGCGAAUGCAGGUGGACCACUCAGAGACGUCUGUACCAAACAUCCACAAUCUGGUGGAAGCAGACUACUCCUACUGGACAUUAGGCUACAUGUUGUCAUUACAAGGAGCUCAGAAGCUCCUGAGGGCUGAACCUCUGACAAAGAUGCUUCCUGUCGAUGAGUUCCUGCCUGUCAUGUACAACAAACAUCCAGUAUCAGAGUACAUGGACCACUUUGAGAGUCGGGACCUGCAUGCGUUUUCUGCCGAGCCACUUCUGGUGUAUCCAACCCAUUACACAGGAGACGAGGGCUACAUCAGCGACACGGAAACAUCAGUGGUCUGGGACAACGAGACGGUCAGAACCGACUGGGACCGAGCCAAGUCGAGGAAAACUCAAGAGCAGGGGGAGCUGAGCUUUGAGGCCCAGAACUCUGACGUACUGCAGUCUGAACUGGAGAACUGGAGUGCACGGGACGAGCUGUGAUGAAAAGGAGAGGAAUGAGGAGGAGAGAUGGAGAGAACUCUGGCAUACAGAGAUAAGAAUGAGGGAGAUAGAACAAAGCUGGGAUAGUGGGGGGAAAUGGAUAAGGUGGAGGGAAUAUAACAGAAUGCAGUAGAAAAGAGAGGAAAGGCAGAGUAAAUUAGGAACAAAAGUUUUUCCUUGUACAUUACUGUCUCCACUAUUUGACCUUUCUCUUAAGAGAGGAGGUUAGAUGUAGAGUUAACUCUUGAAGAGUCCGCUAGCAGCUUUUGUUUUAUUUAUUGCAUCCAGCACACAUCCUUUGACCAAAAGUUCCCCGUUUUAAAUAAUAUUUCACCCAGACUUAUCCCAUACGCCAAUAUAUGUAAAUUCCCCCUUUGUGUCCCAUUGAACAGAAGACAACACAAAUUGGAAGAAGAUAAGCAGUACCUAGCCCAACCACAAACUGUUACAUCUCUUCUAUACAGUGCUAUACUCUGCUUUAUUCAGUGGUUCCCAACCUGUUUGGCAAUGUCUACUUGGAACCUCUAAUCACCAGUUGCAUAUGUCUACUGGCUUUAAUGAGUUGUACAAUGGUGCAAUUUUCCCUGCUUCAUAUAAAUGAAUACUUUUUAAGAGUCCUGAAGAAGUACAAUUAUCCAGUAAUUUUCAACAACAAAGCAUAGCUUUGUGUAAAAGGAAUCCUCUCCUGAUCUGGGGACCUGAGUUGGGAACCACUGCUCUUCCUUGUCUCUUGCUGUUAAGUUUAGCUCUAAGUAGCCAGUGUGUUAUUUAAGUUUAACAAGGUUGUUACCUAGUAACUUGACCUGGAUUUUUUACUCAUGAAUGUAUCUGUUUUUUCUUUUAUUUCCUGUCAAACCUUUUGACAGCAUCAGUGUAUUCGUUUAGUGUUUUCCCCUCACUACAUAUUGCGACUUUUGUAGCAUUUUGUUUGUUGAAGAUCAGAAAAACAAAUGAAUAUAGAUUUUUAGUAACUUUUCAUGUGUUGUCUCUCCUCUGUUUUUAAAGUGUGCCUUUUUUUAAACCAAAGAAUGAAUAAAAGCUUUUAUA